AUGUAUUGUUGAAGUGCGCGUUUUCUCUGGCCUAACCGGCUUUGGCUGUCUUGAGCUCGACAAAGCAUGCUGGGUAUAUGGUCACUUGCCCAUACUGUGUCACUUUUGGAUAUUCACACUGUACUCUCCUCAACUGCGCGCUGCUUUUUGUUACUCUGUUACACGCACUGCAAUAGCGUUUAUUUCUUUUUUUGCUUCAAUUCUUUAUUUGUCAAUACGAUGCUCGUCUUGCAGCUCAGGCGUUUAGCCAUACCGAUCUGCAAGAUUCUCCAAGCAACGCCACUGCUUUCUCGAACAAUCAAUGGAACCAACCAGGUCACUUCUGAGCACCUUGCAUUCAAAACAUUGCGUCGAUUAUACACCACCCCGGCGAACCCAGCAGACUUGACAGGUCCAGCAGAGCCAACUGACUCGGCAAAUCCACCAGAUACGAAGAAACCACAUAUAUCCUCGCCUAAGCACCCCACAAACCAACGCCCAACGCCAAUCAUCCUUAUCGACAACGAAAUCGAUGAAAAACACGUGCGAGGCUGGGGCAACGGCGGUCAAAAACUCAACAAGACUAGCAGCUGUGUACAGCUUUUGCAUAAGCCCACCGGAACAAUAGUCAUUUGCCAGGACACCCGGUAUCUCCAGCAGAAUCGCAAGAUUGCGCGCAAAAGACUUAAGGAAAAACUAGAUUUAAUUACUAAUGACAGGAAGAAGAUAUUGAAGUUACAGGCGAGAAAGCAUAAGCAAAAACAGAGGUCGAAGAAAAAGUAUUCGAAGGAUUCUAAUGAUGAUACUAGUGAGGCGGAUAGGCACUCUGGUUUGGAACCGACAGUUUCUGAUGAAGGCAAAUGACAAGUGUAAUUUUCUUUGAGCUUCGUAUUUUUUGUGUUCAUUCAGGCUAAUAAAGAAAAUAUUGAUUUGAAGG